GCAUAAACAUGGAACAGCAUUGCUAUAAAAAAAUUAACAACGGAGGCGCCAAAAAACCAAAGCGUGUGAGAGCAACAUUCACUAACAACCAAAUGGCGGAACUAGAGCAAGAAUACACUCGCACAAAAUACCUAGACCGGGCACGUCGCUUGGAGCUAGCGGAAAUUUUACAGCUCAACGAGAGGACUAGAAAAAUAUGGUCGAGUAGACGAAUAAAAGAGAAAAACAUUUUGACGGAGCACAUAGAAGAGUCUGAAGAAACCAGCACAACUGCUUCUUCGCCAGAUUGCAGGCGCCAAAAAAAGCGUCGAUUACAAAAUAACGGACUUCAGCCACCGAAUCAGCAUUCAACCUUUAUUCGCAGCUCAGAUGGAGCUAUCCUAUACAUUAACCACAACACAAAUGCACAUAAGAUCAUGCUAAUUGAUUCGACAUGGCCAACACAAGGUACAGGUGUUCCGCGACUUGUGAAUCCAGCACAAACAUGGAACAACAUUGCUGUAAACACAGUUAACAAUGGAGGCGCCAAAAAACCAAGGCGUGUGAGAACAGCAUUCACCAGCAACCAAAUGACGGAACUAGAGCAAGAAUACACUCGCACAAAAUACCUAGACCGAGCACGUCGCUUGGAGCUGGCGGAAAUCUUACAGCUCAACGAGCGGACUAUAAAAAUAUGGUUCCAGAACAGAAGAAUGAAAGAGAAAAAGAUUUUGACGGAGCACUUAGAAGAGUCUGAAGAAACCAGCACGACUGCUUCUUUGCCAGAUUUAGGCCCACUUCCAAUAUAUCACAAUUAUACAUUCAAUAACCUAAUGUUUACUGAACGAAAUCAACCAGCACAACCUUAUUUGUUCAUGCCGACCUAUGGACAUCAAACGUUACUUCAGCCUCCGACAGCAAAUGGAAUGGUUGCCAGUUCAACAGGAGCUCCCGGGACAGGGCUCCAACAACUAACGUUACAGGAGUUUGAGGUUAAUCAGCCUACUAAAAAUUCAAUGCAAGCGAGCACACCGCCCAUGUCGAAUACCAAUAAUAUGUCCUGGGACUUAUCCUGGAUUCACAGUAUGAACACCCAAAAUGAAUAUUGA